UCACUGUUAUUGUUUCAAGACCUGCACAGCCACCACCUCAGGAUUUGCAUGUUGGGUGAGACUGGAUUGGCUUGUUAAGGGGAAGGCCUCUGAUUUCAGAGCUUUCUGGGGCUACUGAGGGUAGGUGGUACCUGGGUCACAGAGGCCACACAAGGCCUCAUAGGUAAACAAGGAGAGUUGUUUACUGUGGGAGCCAGCAGCCCUGAAGAGGGCCCAGCAUGUAGCAAGGCCUCUCAGAGGGGCUCAGCCAGUGUCUGUCGGAGGCAAACACUGAAAUCUUACAUGGUGAACCCAGAAAGAUCUUUCAACUCUUGGGCUGUUGAGUAGAAAGCUAUCAUCCAAUCUAACUUUCUAAGCUAGGAAAGACAGGCCCCAAAGGCACAGUGACUCAUCUGAAGGCACUUUAAAAAAAGGUGCCCUGAUCCCUCCCCGGAGCUCAGCCACACCUUCCUGCAACCCCAGUUUUCAGGCAGCUCUUGGAGACACUUCUGCUGCUGCACUAGGAGGUGGGCCUUUCUUCCUUCCGUUGCUCUUGCGCCUGUGACUCAGGGCUUUAAGAAACAGGAAGUACAGCAGGCCGUACCCUUCGUGUCUUCAUUUGAAAUUUUGCUCUUGAGAGCACGACUGCGGGGGGCAGAAGAAGUCAGCAAGCAAGGUGCUGCUGUCGUGAGGGUCCCAGGACUCGGAUCUGGUUGCAGCUACAUUCUUCUACCUCCUGACAAGCAUGGAUUUAUCCAGCUGUCUUUACAAAAUUAGGGAUCAACUGGACAGUUAUGAGCUGGCAUCUCUAAAGUUCCUGAGCCUGGAUCAUAUCCCACAAAGAAAGCUGGAACCCAUCCAGGAUACCCUGAUGUUCUUCCAAAGGCUCCAGGAGAAGAAAAUGUUGGAGGAGGGCAAUCUGUCAUUCCUGAAGGAGCUGCUGUUCCGGAUUCACAGACUGGACCUGCUGAACUCUUUGCUGGCCACAAACAAGAAGGAGAUGGAGGACGAGCUGAAGAUCCCUGGAAGGGCCCAGAUUUCUGCCUACAGGGUCAUGCUCUUCCAGAUUUCAGAAGAUGUAAGCCAAGAUGGAUUGAAAACUUUUAAAUUUUUUUUGAGCAAAGAGAUACCCAAAUGCAAACUGGAAGAUAACAUGAGCUUGCUGGACAUCUUUACAGAGAUGGAGAAGAGGAUGAUUCUUGGGGAGAAGAACUUGGACACCCUGAAAAAGAUUUGUGACCAAAUCGACAAGAACCUGCUGGUGAAAAUCCAUGACUACGAAGACUCCAGUGGAGGGGAGCAGACAUAUGGAGUGCUGGCGAUGUUGGACUGUCCAGGGGAGCAAGACAGCAAGGAACAGCAGGAACACGGCCACAUCUGCUCUAAGCUACUGCACCGAGGUCAAAGUAUGUCCAAAACGACAAGAAACCACAACGCAAUGGGGAGGAUUAUCAGAAAAAGUAAUGAUUCAAACAAAAGAACCAGCACCUCCCCCCAAAACAACCAAAAACCAAUCUCAGUCGCUGAAAUGCGAGAUGAAGACAUUGAGGAGAUGCCAGAGAAGGAAUUCAAGAAAAUACUCAGAAAACUCUUCAGAGCCAAUGAGAAACACUGGAAAGAGUUCAAAGAAUUCCAAAAUCACGUUGCUGCGGAAAUAAAGCAAAUGAAUAAUGGAAUCCUUAACAUAGAGCACAAAGUGGAGAGCCUAAUCAACAGAAAGAAUUUAGUAGAAGAUAGAAUAUCAGAAAUGGAAGAUGAUCAGAAUGAAAACAAGCACCCCAUCAUACAGCUGGAGAAAAACCCGAACAAAGCCAACAGGACCAUUCAGGAAAUAGGCCUUCCCAAAAGAGUGGAAAGAGAGACAGGUUCACAACAGGUGCUCAAUGAAAUAAUACAGGAGAACUUCCAAAAUACCAGAAACAUGAAUCCACCCGAAAUCCAGGAAGGACAGAGAGCCCCCUACAGAUUCGACCCAAAGAGAUCCUCACCCAGCCAUGUGGUACUUAAGCUCCCCUAUAGCAAAUACAAAGAAAGAAAUCUGACAUGUACGAAGCAUAGACAAGCUCACAGAGACAAACCAAUCAGAAUGACUGCUGACUUCUCAGAAGAAACUCUCCAAGCUAGGAGGGAAUGAACCAAGAUCUUUCAAAUCCUGAACACUCAGCCAAGAAUUAUGUACCCAGCAAAGAUAUCAAUUGUAUUUAGAUACUUCCAUAGCAAAGAGAAACUAGAAAAAUAUACUAGCACAAAGCCAGCUCUACAAAAAUCUCCUUAGAAAUGUGCUAAACCCAGAAAAAAAAGGAGGCAAAUCAUAAGCAAGGAUGGCAGAUGGCAAGACCUCGCCACUAAAGCCCACACAAGGAAAGACAGUUAAACAGAUAUCCACACCCACAAACACACACACACGGCAGGGCAAAAUCGUAGCCUAUCAAUAUUAACUCUUAACACAAA